AGUAGGUAUACUACAUACAUGCAACGUCUCUCGUAUGCUCUCUAGUGAAAAAAUUUAGUAAAAAGUAAUAAUAUUUAUAUACUUUUUUCAAAUAUUACACUAAAUGUAGGCAGAAUUGUGUGUGUGUGAAUUUAGCGCCACGCAGGAUACUUAUAGGAACCAGAAGACUUUAAAUAAACCACCAAGCUAAAAUGCCGUCUACACACCUGAACCUGCGCGAGGACGAUGUGGUGCGGCUCGCGCUGGAGUUCCUCCACAACAGGGACCUGCACAUCACCCAGCUCUCCCUGGAGCGCGAGACCGGCGUCAUCAACGGCAACUUCGCCGACGACGUGCUCUUCCUCCGACAACUCAUCCUCGACGGACAGUGGGACGACGUACUUGAGUUCAUACAACCCCUAAGCGCGCUAAAAGCUUUCGAAGCGGACAAAUUCAAUUACGCUAUCCUCCGACAUAAAUACAUAGAACUGCUCUGCAUAAGAUCAGAAAUAAAAGCCUACAACAAUGUCGAAAACAUUGUCGACGAGGUCGUCAAAGUGCUAAGCGAUUUAGAAAAACUAGCGCCCUCUAAAGAAGAAUACUCAAAUUUAUGUUUAUUAUUAACUUUACCUAGCAUUACUGAUCACGCACAAUUUAAGAAAUGGAAUCCGAGCAACGCUCGCGUCCAGUGCUUCCGCGAAGUUUAUCCUCUAGUAGAACAAUUUUUGCCGUGCGACAAGAAGUCUAGCGGCACCGUAUCUAAGUGCGCAAAGAACGAUCGACUCAUGCAACUUCUAAUUAAAGGUAUAUUAUACGAGUCCUGCGUUAAUUAUUGUCAGGCUAAGGCUACAGGGUCUAAGGAGGCGCAGUCGAACGAGGUAAACUUUUCCAGAUUACUGGACGGUUCGGGAUUCGACGAGUCUGAUUUGAGUUUGCUUUCAUGGCUGCAGUCGAUACCGGCGGAAACGUUCAGCGUGCCUUUCGAACAACGAAUGCUGAAUGUUGAUGUGGAGAAAUUGGAACGUCCGUCGCUGCAUACGUCGUGGACGGAGCAUAUGUUAGUGACGCCGAUUAAGCCUCGAACGUUCCCGCAUUUGGCAAUGCCGUUUAGGAGACCGCGCUCGGCCGCCGACGCCAUGACGCGCUCGCUGCGCCCGCUGCCCGACGGUGCGCCGCGCCACCCGGCCGUUAUGGCCCUGUCCGCUAUCGACUACGGCCCGUCUUCGUCGUGUUUCGCCGGCUUCCAUCUGACAGGAAUAAAAGGCAGCAAACUGAUGAACACUUCCGUCGAUCGGUUGUUCGACAAUAAUAAUGGUGGUAGCAUUUUCGAUAAUUUGGAUGAUACGUUAAAACCGAUCGAGGAGAAAUUGAAGCCGAUCGGAGAGGGAAAAACGAAUGAAGGGAAUAGCGUGGGUGCUUCAAAUGCGACGACGCCUGAGCACAGAGGGCAGGAUUACUCUGCCUCGACGUCUAUAUCUACCACCGCGGCGUCGACUGAACGCUCAUCUUUGGCAGAGCGGACGCCGCAGCAGCCUGAAUCGGCGCUGUUACCCGCGAUGGAGGGAGACUUUAGACGAGAACUGCUCAAAGAAUACCAGAUUCAGAAGCAACGGGAAUGCGACGAUUAUCUCCGAAAUCUUUGCUCAGCAGACGCGAGACAAAAAGGUAUGGAGCAAGGCGAUUCUCCAGGCCAGCCACCCGGAGCGAAGUACCCGCCGGGCGGGCCCGCCAAGCCGGACCAGCAAUAUAUGAGGAAAAAUGACAACGAUGACUCAGAUGUUAGAGAACAGACAAACGCACAAAAUCGAAAUGGCAGCCACGGUCUACCCAUGUCGGCGGGUAACAUGGUCGGUGCCGAGGUGAACGGCUCCCGGCCUACAUUCAAGCCGGUGACAGUGCUCGAAGACCUGCAGGCAGUGCGGUGCGCCGAGUUCCAUCCUAACGGGAAACUGUACGCCGUCGGCUCAAACACCAAAACUCUCAGGAUAUGCACCUACCCGAAGAUAGAUGAUGUCAAGGACAACAAUGCACCGACUGCUCCGACAGUGCUGCUCAAGCGCACCAAACAUCACAAGGGCAGCAUCUACUGCCUGGCGUGGAGCCCGGCGGGAGACCUCCUCGCGACCGGCUCCAACGACAAGACCGUCAAGCUGAUGCGGUUCAACAGCCACACCUGCAACCUGGAAGGCCAGGAGGUGGAGUUAACGAUGCACGACGGCACAGUACGAGACGUGUGCUUCAUAGAGGACACGACCAACAAGACCAGUCUGCUGGUGAGCGGCGGUGCCGGCGACUGCAAAAUCUACGUCACCGACUGCGCCACUGGCAAGACUUUCCAGGCACUAAGCGGUCACUCCGGGCACGUGUUGUCAUUGUACAACUGGGGCGGAGCGAUGUUCGUGUCUGGCAGCCAGGACAAGUCGGUCCGCUUCUGGGACCUGAGAACGGGGGGCUGCGUUAACGUCAUCUCGCCGCCCGUCGGCAGUGCCACCAAGGGUGCAGCCGUGGCGUCGCUGGCGGUGGACCCGUCCGGGCGGCUCCUCGUGUGCGGGCACGACGACGGCUCGUGCGCGCUGCACGACGUGCGCGGCUCGCGCGCGCUGCAGCGGUUCACGCCGCACUCGGGCGACGUGCGCAGCGUGCGCUUCUCGCCCGGCGCCUAUUAUCUGCUCACAGCUGGGUACGACACCAGAGUCGUGCUCACUGAUCUUCAGGGCGAUUUGACCUGCGCCUUGCCGAGCGUCCCAGUGGCGCGGCACCCCGACAAGGUGAUCUCCGCCAGAUGGCACCCGGACGACUUCUCGUUCCUUUCGACUUCUGCAGACAAGACCGCCGUGCUGUGGACUAUACCGCCGGUCUAACCUCCUCAGGUAUCCGGCUCGUACUAACACUGAAAAAGGCGCUUUCCUGACUUGACGUCGCGGAACCUGCAAACUAAGACAGAGAUUGGGCCUCGCUCCCAAUUAAGAAAAUUUACUGCGUACUGUUUCGAUCCGCACUGCCAAAUCAGGAGAGGGCCUAAAUUUGUCUUCUCUGAGCUAGCACAACUAGUCACCGUGUGUCAAUAAUUUCUCAUUAAUAACAGAAGGUCCACGUGCGGUUCGAAGUUACAAGUAAGUUGUGCUGGUCUCACCGAUCCCAAAAUUUAAGGACACUAUUUACGGUUGUGAAUUACUUUGGCAUAUUGCGCUUCUGCCGUAGUUUUUGUCUGGAGAAAUUGUUGAUAUUUCAUGUCCUCAUAUUUCGGGAAUGGGAAAAGACAAAUUAGAAAUGUAAUCAUGAAGGAAAAAGGGAUUAAGGGGAGACCAAUGAGAGCGUACAUGGAUCAAGUAAAUACAUGAUAAUGAAUCUAGAUAUGUAUGGUCCAUUGUAGCUUUCCGUAUCAGAAAGUCACCAUACUAACAUCACGUCGUCACCAUAAGGUCGUCGACUGCAUAAGGUAUAUUUUAACGUGGAAACACACAAAUGAUGUUUACUUAGGCUACAGUCAAGUACGGCCAAUCAAAAGAAGGGCCAAGCUCUUUAUGUAUAUUGUAGACAAAAUACGAGUUGUUUGUGUUAUAAUAAUAUUAUAAUUUCAAUUUCACGUGUAACGUCCUAUAAUAUAAUAAAGGCAAUGCUAAAUUAUAUGUUCUGUAAAUAAAUUACGUUCAAAAUUUUAUACGAAAGAUUUUACGAAGGGUGUCUCGGGAAUUCAAUUUGGCGAAGUGAUCGAUUUUUCGUAAAUGGCGGGUGCUCCGCCGCCUAGGGCCUACAUGUAUCAGAUUUUUCAUACCUUUUAUAAUUUAUUUCAUAAAAUUUAAUUUAAUACUACAGUGCUCAACGCUGCUAGAUAAACGUGGAGUGUCAGUUUUAUAAAUUGGUACUGGAUGUAAAGUGAGCUCUACCCACGAUCAAUUCUCAGAGUUUUCACUGUCAGUUAUAAUUGUGAGCCUUAGUAAGAAAAAAUUACACGUUACAUAUUUAUACUUUAAUUGUGAAAACAUGAAAACUCUGUUAUUAAAAACUGAUCCAGAUGGCCAGUAUAAAUACUCCUGGUGAUAUAGUGCAUCCAGUUAUUUGAAACUUUACUAACGGUUUCUGAAGUAACGAUACCUACAGGAUGUGUUGUUCACUACCGUUUACCGAUACUACAUCGCAACAUUUAAAAGUUACAUUUUACAUAUCAGCACUACUUUGAAACAAACUUGUAUCUUGUUCUGUCAAACAAAAGAAAAAUGUAGUAUCUAUGUAUGUGGUGCAUACAGAGUUACUGCCUUUCAACUUUGAGUAGCAGGGUGAGAUACGAGAUUUUUUCAAAGUAGUGUCGAUAUGUAAUUAAAAUGGAUUUAAAAUAAAUGUUUACAAUUUCUCUGCAAUUAUAUUUAAGUAGUUUGUAUAUAGUAUUUUUAUAACUAUUCCAUUAUUUUAUUGUCCAGUGAUUGAGCUUCUCUGCCUAGGAUUGGAGAUUUUUUCUUAUUUUGAAGGAAUAGCAAAGGGAUUUGUUAGCAGAAACACAUCUGUAAAAUUAGCAACCCUAUGUUGGUUUCUUUUGUACUAUACAUUGGAUUAUUUAUACGAAAUUUGUAAUCGUUUAUACUGACAUUCCCAUGAGUUAAAAUUAUACUAAUCGACCGAUAAAAAGCGACAAGCCCGAGAUUACGCCCAAAGUUAAACUUGUCAUGUCAGCACGUUGAAAUAAUAUUCAACGUAAAAAGGUGAAAGUAUGUGUAUUUAUUUACUUUUACCACAAUACAUAUUAAGUAAAAUGUAAAUCACGUAUUUUGUUUAUUAUUUGUGGUGCUGUUAUAAAUUUGAGAUAAUGUGUCAUUGCGGGCCUAAGUAGUGUGCAAAUAAAUAAUAUAUAAUUUUAUUUCCUUAAAACAUUGUUUAACAGUAAAACAUGUAAAUCUUUUCCAGCUGUCAUGGUAACACUUUGUAUUGUUAAAUAUAUAUAAGUAAUACGUAAGUUAAACCGAUGUACGUAUUUUACUUGAUUUAAUACUUGUAUCUAUAGCUCGAUUUUAAUACGCGUUGAAUGUAUGUAUUUGAGUGUGUAUAUACUUAAAAAUUUAAUGUAAAUUUACACUUGAAGGCUUCUUGUAACACAAAUACGGAAGGCCAAAAAAUGGUUAGAGAUUUUUUUAAAGAGAAUUACUAAAACAUGAGACCUCCAUUGAGAAGUAUAAUGAACUGUAUAUUUAACAGACGCAACGCAUUGUAACCAGAUUGUAACUCAUAUGAUAUGAUUUUGAUCUAACCAUUUCUAAACAGAAAGACGGCUCACUUGUCUAAAUAUAUGGGAAUAAAAUUUACUUUACUUCUGUUUCUGUUAAAAUCUUUGAUAAUGUGAUGUGUUGUGAUGUGCUGUAAAAUGCUUCUAGCUUUAUUUCUUUUUAUAGAUGUUAAAGACAAAAAGCUUUAAACGCAAAAAAAAACUUUAUUUUUUAUAUACGUAAGUAUUUAUGGAGCUUGCUUAGUGAUUAUCUUGUCACAAAUAUCGACUUAAUUCGCUUUUAUUUUAUGUAUUUUUAAAAUAUCUUUGACUAUAUGAUUUUGUACAUUGAAUCUCAUUUAUUAAACGACUAGUAAUAAAAAAAUACAUUAUAUUUUCUUAGUGAGAAUUUUAAGCUCACUCUCUGGACUAAUACCAAACAGAAUUGUCACCCAGUGGAAAAGUUAGGUCAGAUUUAAUCAAGAACAUUUCCAGUCUCAUUUUAUCAGCUUCCAGGCCAAUAAAAAUUCAAUCCGUCAUGUAUUAUAUUACAAUUUUUCCUGUUCAUCUAUUUUUUACCUUACUUUCAUUGUUUGAAGGUUUAUUUUUCGGUCCCCUCGUUAAUGUCAUAAGUAUUUUACUUUAAUACGAGUCGUGUUGAGUACGUGUUGUAAGGCGUUGUCGGGUCGUUUUUGCUGAUUGUGCUAUGAGUUCACAGCGACAGAUUUGCGGAUUAAAUAUAUUUUGAAAAGCUGCUGUCUAUAGUUUAGUAAGCGAAUUGAAUUUCGUUAACCAUAAUAGGUAAACAAUUAAAAAAAAAAGAGCUUUUGGGGUAGGCCAACGUAUCGUAGAUAUUGUUCAUUGGUUAUUUUUGACGGUUGAUAUGCUUGCAUUUCACCAUUCGGUCACUUUAUUUACAGUCAAUAUUGCUCGCGAACAUUGACCACAACUGCAAAUUAAAUUGUAAGUACUUA